AUGGCUUUAAUGAGAAAAGAUGAUACAGAUGAUGCAUCUGAUUUAGAAGUACAAUUUAUAUUAAGAUUACCGCAUGAAAGUGCUAGAAUAUUACGAGCGUUAAUGCAUGCUGGUGUAUCGUUAAAAGAUCGUUUAUCUAUUGAUAUGUAUAAAGAUCUACGACAUGUUGUAUUCCAAUUGGAUAAUUGGGUCUAUUAUGGUAAAAUAUAUAAUUUACCAACAGUCAUUGAAAGUUUAAAAACUAUUGAUGGUAAAUCGUUCUUUAAAACAGCGGAUAUAUCACAAAUAUGUGUAUGUACUAAUGAAGAAUUUGGAAGUUCUGAAGAUGAGCUUAAUAUUAAUAAAAGUAUUGCAAAUAACAACUCAGAAAACAGUAGAAUGAAAACUAACAAAAAAUAUAAUUGGCCUCAUGGAUUAACUCCACCGUUGAAGAAUGUCCGUAAACAUCGAUUUCGUAAAACAUUACCAAAAGAAUAUGUUGAACUAUCUGAAAUCGAACGUGAAGUUCGUACAUUAUUACGAGCUGAUAAUGAUGCUGUUAGUGUACGAUGGGAA